CAGUGACGUCAUCUCUGUGCGCGGGUAGCGGGUGAAGGGUGGCGGUGCUGCGGGCAGAGCGGUGGCGAUCAGCGGAUUAUCAACAUGAAUUUUAGCAGAUUAUUAUCGAUUUCCAGAUCAUUAAAACUCUCUACAUCUUUAUUCCCGCCUCCAGCGAGAUUAACAGCUCCUCUACAGCCCCGGCGCUCCGUCAGAACCAGCCCCAGCAGCGCAGCCUACGCUAAAGACCUGUUCCUGGGCAAAGUCAACCAGAAAGAGGUGUUUCCCUAUCCGGAGAUCAGUAAUGAAGAGCUGCAGGAGAUUAAUCAGUUCGUGCCGCCGGUGGAGAAGUUUUUCAGUGAAGAAGUCGAUUCAAAGAAGAUCGAUGAGGAAGCCUUUAUCCCUCCUGAAACGAUGGACGGACUGAAAGCACUCGGGUUGUUCGGGAUCCAAAUACCUGAGGAGUAUGGAGGUCUCGGCCUGUCGAACACGAUGUUCGCUCGGUUAGGAGAGAUUAUCUCUAUGGAUGGAGCUAUUACCGUCACUCUCGCAGCACAUCAGUCCAUCGGAUUAAAGGGUAUCCUGUUGGCUGGAACUGAGGAACAGAAAGCGAAAUAUUUACCCCGUCUGGCUUCAGGAGAGCAUAUAGCAGCUUUCUGUCUGACUGAACCCGGGAGUGGAAGCGAUGCUGCUUCUAUUCAGUGCCGCGCCAAACUGACGGAGGAUGGGAAACACUUCCUGCUCAACGGCUCAAAGAUAUGGAUUUCUAAUGGUGGAAUCGCUGAAAUUAUGACAGUGUUCGCCAGAACAGAGGUGGUGGAUAAGGACGGGCAGAAGAAAGACAAAAUUACAGCUUUUAUUGUAGAAAAGGCGUUUGGUGGGGUGAGCUGCGGCAAACCGGAGGAUAAACUGGGCAUCCGAGGAUCAAACACCUGUGAGGUGACAUUUGAAGACACAAAGGUGCCAGUAGAGAACGUGAUUGGGCAAGUUGGAGAUGGAUUUAAGAUUGCAGUGAAUAUUCUGAACAGUGGGAGGUUCAGUAUGGGCACUGCGGGUGCAGGCAUGAUCAAAAGACUGAUUGAGAUGACUGCAGAAUAUGCUGGAACAAGGAAACAGUUCAACAGGAAGCUCUCUGAGUUUGGAAUGAUUCAGGAGAAGUUUGCUCUCAUGGCUCAGUACGCGUAUGUGAUGGAGAGCAUGGCGUAUCUCACUGCUGGGAUUAUGGACAGACCUGGAGUUCCAGACUGCUCUCUGGAGGCAGCUAUGGUGAAGAUCUUCAGCUCUGAGGGAGCGUGGAUUUGUACGAGUGAGGCGCUGCAGGUUUUGGGAGGACUGGGAUACACCAAGAAUUACCCGUAUGAACGCUACCUCAGAGACUGCAGGAUCCUGCAGAUAUUCGAGGGAACCAAUGAGAUCUUGAGGAUGUUCGUGGCUCUGACAGGGAUGCAGCACGCUGGUAAAAUAAUAACAGGGAAAAUAAAAGAGAUGAAGAAGGGGAACGUGGGAACUGUGUUUGAGUUUUGUAAGCAGAAGAUUAUGGAGAAUCUGGGAAAGACCGCGAACUUCGGCCUGACCGGCAAAGACGGGGUCGUGCACCCCAGCUUAGCGGAAAGCGCCACCAUGUUUGAGGAGAACGUGGUGGAGUUCAGCUCUAUUGUGGAGAGCUUGCUGUACCGAUACGGAAAGACUAUAGUAGACGAGCAGCUGCUGCUGAAGAGAGUUGCUGAUAUACUGAUUCAUCUUUACGCCAUGACGGCCGUCCUCUCCCGCGCCAGUCGCUCCAUCAGCAUCGGCCUGCGUAACCACGACCACGAGGUGCUGCUCGCUAACAAUUUCUGCAAAGACGCUUACUUUAAAAUCAACUACUGGACUGCUCAGCUGCAGAGACAUUCCCCAGAGAACAACGACGACAACAUAAAGAAGAUCGCUCAGUUUGUUCUGGAGAAGCGAGCGUAUACCUGCUCUCACCCUCUAGACCGAACCUUUUAACCUGCAUCACCUGUAUUAAACAUCACCUGACCGUUUCCUGAGUAAUGACUGGGUGUAAAAAUCUGGUCCUCAGCUCUUAUUUACUGGAUUUUAUCAGCAACAAAACCUCUUAACUCCUGCAACGGUUUUUACCACAGACAAUAAUUCACACACUUGGAGAGAAAAAGGAAAAACAUUGAGACUAAAAACUCAUUCAUAAUAAAAGCUGCAGAGUGGAACACUAUCUGAAUCCUGUAAACAGUAAAUAAAAUGAUGGUUGCGCAUUGCGCAUCAUAGCAACACCUUAGCAACCACCUAGCAACACCAUAGCAACCACCCCAGAUACCGUAGCAACACCUUAACAACCACCUAGCAACACCCUAGUAACCUCUUAGCAACACCAUAGCAACCACCCCAGAUACCGUAUCAACACCUUAGCAUCCACCUAGCAACCACUUAGGAACACCAUAGCAACCACCAUGGAUACCAUAGCAACGCCUUAGCAACCACCUAGCAAAACCUUAGCAACCACCCCAGAUACCAUAGCAACGCCUUAGCAACCACCUAGCAACACCAUAGCAACCACCCUGGAUGCCAUAGAAACACCCUAGCAACCAAUUAGCAACACCAUAGCAACCACCCCAGAUACCCUUGUUAGUUCCGACCCUGCAGUAUGAUUGGCUGAGAGGCAUUCUAUGAAUGCCAUUAUCAGCCGGUAAUGCACUGUAACUAACCGAAGCUCUCCAUGUACAUAUUACUCCGCCCACAUACAGGUAACCUAGCAAGCAUUCAGCGCUUACAAACUAAACAGAGCAGCAAUGGAACUAUUUUAACUGGUGGAGUUUUUAUAACCAAUCAGAUCCUUUUUUCUCCUCCUCUUUAACUCUUUAGAAUAUUCCAAUAAACUAAAAUAAGUGAUAAUGGAACUGUGAUAUAAUUACAAUUAUAUAAUAUAAUAAUACAGUGCAUUACCGGCUGAUAACGGUACUCAUAGAACGCCUCUCAGCCAAUCACAUUGCAGGGUCAGAAUUAACUGUGGUAUAAUUACUGUUACAUUUGAGUUUGCAGUCGGAUGGUUUGGUGCGAGUCCUUUUCCAAGUGGUUAUUUUACAACUAAUUUCUAAGAAAUUAUUAAUGUAUAGUACAAAUUAUUGUCUUUGGUAAACAACAAUGAAUAUAUAUAUAUAAAACAAUACACUCCUGUCAAAAAGUAUUAGGAACAGAGAUCAAAUUAUGAUUGCAAUCAAAUUAUGUCUGCUAUAGACUGAAAAAAAAUGAGAUUUGAGUUCCAGAUUAAAAUUUAAUGAAUAUAAGAUAAAAAAUAUUAAUAUUUCUGUAUUUAUUUCCAGGUAUUUACAUCUGGAUCUGAUGCACAGCUCAGAAAAUGUUUUUUUUUUUUUUUACCCCACAGUUGGGGGUUUACUCCCUUCAGUCUCCUUUUUCAUUUUUUUUUUUCAGUUUACAGCAGAAAUAAAGGGACCGAACUCACUGUUCUAAUACUUUUAUAGGUGACUAUAUAUAGCAGAUAUUGCCAAAUCACUGGUGUAUUAUUUUAAUGUAGAUAAAUAUUCAAUAAAAGUGCUUCCUUUGUUAAAAGCUACAUUUAUUACGUUCAUUAAACUGGUUUAAAUUGUUUUAUAUUUUAAUUAUGGAGCUCAUAUCUACAUAUCUGAUGGUACAACAGUUUAAGCUGAAAUAGAACUGAAACAGGUUUAUUUUCCGUUUGUUUUAUUUAAUAUGGCGGCUCAUUUUAUAACAAAUAACAAAACCAAAGUGCUCUUUAAUAAACACUCGCUCUAAAAGUGAAAAUGAGCAAACUGAUGUUUGUUGUUAAUUGUAUUGUAACACUGUUGGUGGAUUUUGAUGAUCACAGGAGGAAGUUUCUGGCUGAAAACGCACAUUUUUACUGUUUAUUCAGAUGCUGCUCACUGGGUUAAAAAGCUAAGGUUAGUUAAACUGUUAAUAAAAUAAAAAAUAAAAAUGUAAAGGAUGGAUUAACUUUA